AAGAAUCAAUAUUCCUCUGAGAUGUGUACAAUUUGCCAGGAUGAGUUGGGUGCAAAAUCAUAUAGAUGGCCUACCUGCCAGCAUUUGUUUCAUUUCAGGUGUAUAGACGAGUGGAGAAGAUGCACAGAAGCACCACAUGCUGAAUGCCCAAAUUGUAAGAGUACUGAUUCACCUCUGGCAGGACAACAAAAUCCUCAGAAUAAUAGCCAAGGUGGUGAAUCCAGUUCAGGUAGUGAUUCACCCUCAUAUGCCACAUGUUUUGUUUGUGCUUCAAGAACCAUGCGUCCUGUUGCUGGCCAACGAGUAACAGGGACUGGGAGGAUUCAGCUUAUUUGUUCAC